GAGCGCGCGGGGGUCCCCCGGUAUAAAAGCGGGCGCCGGGAGCGCCGAGUCCUUCUCUCACCGUCACCUGGCCACGGGGCAGCAGCAGUAGCAGGCAGCGGACUCUCCGAAACAAAGCACUCGCCAUGGGAAAGGAAAAGACCCACAUCAACAUCGUGGUCAUCGGCCAUGUGGACUCCGGCAAGUCCACCACCACCGGCCACCUCAUCUACAAGUGCGGCGGCAUCGACAAGAGAACCAUCGAGAAGUUCGAGAAGGAGGCGGCCGAGAUGGGCAAGGGCUCCUUCAAGUACGCCUGGGUGCUGGACAAGCUGAAGGCCGAGCGUGAGCGUGGCAUCACCAUCGACAUCUCCCUCUGGAAGUUCGAGACCAGCAAGUACUACGUCACCAUCAUCGACGCCCCUGGGCACAGAGACUUCAUCAAGAACAUGAUCACGGGCACCUCGCAGGCUGACUGCGCUGUGCUGAUCGUCGCCGGUGGUGUGGGCGAGUUCGAAGCUGGUAUCUCCAAGAAUGGUCAGACCCGCGAGCACGCCCUGCUGGCCUACACCCUGGGCGUGAAGCAGCUCAUCGUCGGGGUGAACAAGAUGGACUCCACCGAGCCCCCCUACAGCCAGAAGCGCUUCGAGGAGAUCACCAAGGAAGUCAGCGCCUACAUCAAGAAGAUCGGCUACAACCCUGCCACCGUGGCCUUCGUGCCCAUCUCCGGCUGGCACGGGGACAACAUGCUGGAGCCCAGCACCAACAUGCCCUGGUUCAAGGGGUGGAAGGUCGAGCGCAAGGAGGGCAAUGCCAGCGGCACCACCCUGCUGGAGGCCCUGGACUCCAUCCUGCCCCCCAGCCGCCCCACGGACAAGCCCCUGCGUCUGCCCCUGCAGGACGUCUACAAGAUCGGAGGUAUCGGCACCGUGCCCGUGGGCCGUGUGGAGACUGGCACGCUGAAGGCCGGCAUGGUGGUGACCUUUGCCCCCUCCAACGUGACCACUGAGGUCAAGUCCGUGGAGAUGCACCACGAAACCCUGGCUGAGGCUCUUCCUGGCGACAACGUAGGCUUCAACGUCAAGAACGUGUCGGUGAAGGACAUCCGCCGUGGCAACGUGGCUGGAGACAGCAAGAGCGACCCCCCCCAGGAGGCUGGCAGCUUCACCGCCCAGGUCAUCAUCCUGAACCACCCUGGCCAGAUCAACGCUGGCUACGCCCCCGUGCUGGACUGCCACACCGCCCACAUCGCCUGCAAGUUCAACGAGCUCAAGGAGAAGAUCGACCGCCGUUCCGGCAAGAAGCUGGAGGACAACCCCAAGUCCCUGAAGUCUGGGGACGCCGCCAUCGUGGACAUGAUCCCCGGGAAGCCCAUGUGUGUGGAGAGCUUCUCCGAGUAUCCUCCUCUUGGUCGCUUCGCUGUGCGUGACAUGAGGCAGACGGUGGCCGUCGGGGUCAUCAAGGCUGUGGAGAAGAAGGCCUCCUCUGGUGGCAAAGUCACCAAGUCCGCUCAGAAGGCCACCAAGGCGAAAUGAAUCCCCCUCCCCCAGGCUGUCCCUCAGCGCCUGGGGUCUCGGGCACUGCGCCCCGCCGUGCCCCCGACCCUGAGCGCUCUCCUCAAGGACUGGCUGAUGCUCAUUAAAACUCACCGCAAGAGUUUCCGCAGGAAAAA